AUGCCCUCCGAUUCUUCCAUCGAGUCCUUUACCAGGGACUGGGAACGAUGCUUUGACAGGAAGCCGAUCUCUUCAAACCCAGUCAUUGCCGACCUCGACGUCGAACACAACGAGCUUGCGCAGACCUGGAAAACAUUUGUUCGCCAUCUCCCGCCCAGUACCCGAGUCGAACGGGGCGACCGGCCCCCAUCAGUCGGCGAUGUCGCGGCCCUCAUACGGAACACGCAGUCUCACUGGAGGUCUCAGUCUCGCAACCGGGUCUUUGGCCAGGCCGUGGCUCUCUGCGACAGAUUCGUGCCGACCCUAGAAACACAUGCAACCUUGUUGGCUGUGUUGCCUGAUGCCGACCUCUUCCAUGCACCUCUCUUCUAUAGCGUGCUACAAACGUUGAUCAAGGCAGCUUCGGGUUACCCUCAUGUCAUUGAGGGGCUAAUGACCGCCCUGUUGAACAUUCAUAGUGCCCUAAACCUACCCACCGAACCUCUCACCUCCUCUAUUCACUUAAUGCCUGUCGCCAAGAUAUACGCUUUGUGCUUCUUUUUCCUGACCGAGUUCAUCGACUGGUUUAUCCGCAGAUCCACCUGCGAAUUGCUCAAGAGCCAUAGUCAAGAUGCAUACUCGGAAUUCCAUCACCUGGUCACCUGCAUCCAACGGCAGGCCCGGGCUCUCACGGACUCAUCCGACGCAAUGGACGUGGAUAUGGACGAGAAGUCCGAUGCAGCAUAUAGUCCACGUGCCCUCUGGGAAGAGUCCCAACUCAGCCAGGUCGGCCGCCAGGGAACGGAUCGUCGGAUAGCGGCCCAGAACACGAUCACGCGCCGUUUGAUUUGGGAGAUCCAGCAGGAUGCCGAAGAACGUGCUCGAAUCCGACGGCAGAGGGACCAGCUGCUGACUGAAAUGCUGAGGUCUGUCAAUAACCAGCUCCGUCCAGUCAAUGAACAAACUAGUGGGGUUGUCUGCAUGACCACUGCUGCGCCAGAUCUUGUGGCGUCUGCGUUUGAGUGGUCACGAGUAUCCAAGCGUCGUCUCGCGCGUUUGGAACUUCAGAACGCUUCUAGACAUCUCGAAGUCUAUUUUGACAACGACGAUCAAAUCGCCGACGUGGACCCCAAUGUCCAAAUAGCUGUGGAAAGCAGUGUGGUUGCGAUUCUUCAUGAAUGGGUUACCAACCCGCGUUCACAGGCUCUUGCUGUCGGCGGAUCCCCGUCAAACGUAUACCCGAGUCCGGUGGCUUUGAUAUCGGCGUGUUAUGCAUCCUUUUCCCGCCGAGCACGACUACCUGUCAUUGCCCACUUCUGCACUCUACCGGAUAAGGACGCCAAGGGUCUUACUAGGCACCAACAAGGUCUGAUUGCCCUCACUUACAGCCUGAUCCGCCAAUUAAUCGACUGUCUUCCUACCGUCGUGGACAGCGACUCGUUACUUGACCUGAGUGCCGAGCGAUUCCGUCAGCUCGAUGGUACGAUCUCCAGCUGGAAAGCCGCCCUGGCCUUGGUCGAUACACUAUUACAUUUCGUACCGCCCUUACUCGUCUGCGUGAUCGACGGUCUCGACACGAUUCACGAUGCAUCCACCGACGCUGCCCUCCGAGAUUUGAUACGCGUCCUUCUCACUCACACACGACACCGGCCCCAGCCAGCCAAUAGCGAAUGUUCGAGCCCAACCUUCCUUUUCAAGGUUCUCUUCACCGUUACCGGUCGGCCUAGCGCGCUGGUGGAGACCAUGUCCGAGAACCAGCUUAUCCUGAGCGAGCCAACGCACUCAGCUGAGCUCACUCCCUCGGACACCGUCCUCACCUCGGAUUUGGGAGUCGUCAUGAUGAAUGCAUGA